AUGGCCCACCAUUCAAUGCUGUCGGUGGCUGCGAAUGUCGACCUUGAACACAUACAGGGCAUUGAGGAGCCAGCGGAGGGCCCGGAGGAGGUCGUUGAGGAGAUGGAAGUGCAGCGCCAGACGAGCCAUUCUACAAACCCGUCUGGAAAGUCUGAGAGAGAGAAGGUCGAGGAGUUUACCCUGCAGCGAGAGAUUGAGCGCCUGCGCUCCUUCUAUUUCGUGCUGCAGCUGGCCUUUGCUACUCUGUUCUCUGGAGUUAUUCUGACGGCGUUGACGGAGCUCAUGUGGAGAAAUCUCCCAGCUGGACGCACGACUGAGAGUAUUAUCUCCGGCCUGUCUGUGUUAGCGUGGUUUUUGACGUCUGCAUCGAUCACCAUUGUUUCGACCUGCCCGAUUGAUGAGCUGGACCUCAACUCCUUCAUGCAGUCUCGGCCGUUGGCAUGUGCUUUUCUGGCCAUCCCGCCAUUGUCAGCAUCUGCACCGCGGGUGUUGGAGAGGCCCUAUGGGCGCUGGGUCUCCUGCCUCGUGGGGCUGGCCUUAUUAGUACAUGGCUGCUCUUGCAGGCGGAGAUGUCUGCGACAGUGCAGCAGGCGGUUCCGACGCAUGUGGCCCUCGUUUUGCACGCUCAUGGAGCUGUGGUAUUUGGACACCAUGUUAGCAGGCACCCUGACCGAAAUCGCGUCGAACGAUCGCUUGCCGGUCUUCAAUGUUUGGUCAGCUGCGACGACUGCUCCGGCCUUCCUCCUGGAGGCAUGGUUGCGCUGGAGAAGGGUAAAGCCCACCCUGCGAUUCUACAUGAUGAGCUAUGCUGCACUGAUCAGCACUAGUGGUUACCAUGCUUGCAGAGGGAUCGAGAUGGCCCUGGGUUUCCGGGACUGGGAGGAAGGUCGGCAGUUAGAUAUUGCCAUUAUUGCAGCCCUUGCCUUCGCUGCGGCGCUGCUCCUUCCGCUUCUCGGGGUGCUUUUCUUCGGACGCAGGCGGCUCUUUCGCCUGUUGUCGGAGUGGCUGGACCAGCGCCGUGGUCAGAAACUCCAGGACGGGGCCUUCAUGGCGAUGCUGCUGGACUCCUAUUUGGUGGAGCUCGGGCAGCCAUGGUGGCUGUCUGCCGAGGAGCUUGCGGACCUACCCGAGGUCUCCCAAGUCCCUGGGGUCAUCCGUCCUCCCGCCGCCGGGCCUUUGGCAGGCCACACCGAUGCAAGGGCUACCGACGUCGGGCGUGCUGGCUUUGUCGUCGCCAAGGUCACGGCGGUGGCUGAGGAUGGCAGCUUCGUCGUGAAGACCGGAGAUGGGCGUCCGGAGGUCAAGGUGAAUCAGAAGCAGCAGGUUCUCCCUUGGCCGGAGCUGCUCAAGCUUGCAAGCAACGGUCUGCGCUGCGUAGACUGGGUCUCUCAGGGCCCCGCAGAUUGGAUGCAGAGCUCCGGUCCCGGCUUCCGGCUCUCACGGCAAGUGGUCAAGGGAGAAGUCAUCGACUUCUUUGUGUCCCACUCGUGGUCGGAUGGGCCAGAGAGGAAGUGGCGGGCCCUUCAACUGGUCGCAGAGAUGUUCUACGCUCAGCAUGGGCGAUAUCCUACCUUCUGGGUCGACAAGUUCUGCAUCGAUCAGCGUGACGUGGCUGACGGCCUUCGCGUGCUUCCGGUGAACGUGAUGGCUUGCAGGAAGGUCCUUGUCCUCUGUGGACGCACCUACCCUGCUCGUCUUUGGUGUGCUUGGGAACUUUGCGUUCUGCUUUCCUUCAUGUCGCUGGAGAUGGCACUGAAACAGCUCGUGGUCAUGCCUCUGAGCCAAGCCUCCUUGGGCGAACUGGCGAAAUUUGACUCAUCGGUAGCCCGGUGCUACAACCCGAACGAGGAGCUCCGUCUUCGCCGUGUAAUCACUGCUAUUGGCCAGGUUCGCUUCGAGUCCAAGAUCAGAGCUGUUGGGCAGCUCAUCCUCGACCGGGAACUGAACGGCCAAGGGCUGAUGAUGGAUAGUGCCGGUGGCAAUUUCGGAGAGCGCUUCCGCUACCAGCUGAGCGAAUCCAGCUAUGCUUCCGAGCCUUGCGAGAGAGAAGCAUUGGUUGCCGUCCACUGGCAUGGAAUGGGUUUGCAUUGA